UCAUAAACCAUUUUCAUGGUUAUUUAGAUGCAAUGUGAUAUUUGAAUAACAGUAACUGUAGUGUUUAUUUCAUUUUGUUACUACAAACAACUUCUUAUUAUGUUUUUAAUUACAUUAAUAGGCAUGUUUGUAUACGAUAUCAGUUAAAGUUGAACACAGAAUACACACCUAUUAUUUUACAAAAUAUCAAAUCAGAUUAACAUCAAAAGAAUUCUUUAUUUUUUAAGUGUUUUGAAUGAUAUUUUUUAGGUUGUAACCUCUUAUUUUGUUAAUAAUGAUGGUAAUACUACCCAUUAUGAUACGAUGCUGACACCUUCAAUUAAGGUAAAGAAAAGGUUAUUAGCCAUACUGGUUGUGUUAGCAGCAUGCCUAGGACUUGUACUGAUACCUUUAGUAGUGGAACGGUUCCUGACACGACAGACAGAAACAAUGUUUUGUUUCGACACCGAGAACAUUGACAAUGUAAAAGGAAAACCUGAAUGGGUUGAACAUCUCAAACCCUAGAAAGGGGGGACUGUAAUUGACGGGACAUGUUGCGUUGAAGCUAGUAGGGCGAUAGAUGCUAUCGUGUCAAAGAUGACUGAAGCAAGAUACAACAGAGAUGCAACCCCUGAACAUAACUUAUCAAAUCUAACCAUGUUCAAUUGUGAAAUUGAGGAAAGAAACAUAUCAAAAAUACGGCUGAAGUUCAAAGGAGCGGGUAUAAAGUCAGGUGAAAGCUCAAAGAUAUUCUGGAAGUCAGAUAUGAGGUUCGGUAGCGAUGUACAAUACCUUGACGAAGAGGGAGCGAUUUCUAUCAAGAAAUUCGGACAAUACUUCAUUAAUGUGCAGCUUACAAUCAGAAUGAAUGUCGGAAGUUUUUCUGACAAUGUUGACAAACUUGUGAGACUUCAGGUUAUUCAUGUGAAACAAAGAAGUGAGCUCAUUAUUGUUGAGAAUGUUCAUUCCUUGUGUCAAAUACCUGAUGAACAAAAUGAACGUUCCCAACGUUGGUACAGCCUUUCAGCUCAAAGAAAAUGAAAAGAUUUAUGUGGCCUUUUCCCAUCCGAAUUUACUCUCAUCAGGAAAUGGGAGGGAUCAUUUAAGUAUUCAUGCACUAUGAAAGCAGUGUUUAGAAAUCUGUCAAUAGAUUGACAACUUAAAUGGCAGCUUACAUUAUGCCCAUUUUAAUGGGUUGUAAAGUUUGAUUCUAACUUAUAACUGGUUAUUUAAUCAUUACAUGAUAUUUGUUUUUAUUUUAUUGUUGACUGUUAUACUUAGUUUGAUUGUGUUUAGUAACUUUGUAGAAAUCAUUGAUACAUGUUCUUCUAUUCAUUUAGCAUUGCCAAGGAUAUGUCGCCUGUUUUUAAAUUUAUAUUUUCUUUAUUUACACCCAUUGUUUUCUCGUUAAGGGCACACGCAUUCUUUUACUUGGGGACAAAACACCCAUUAUCAUGGAAUGGCACUACUGUGUCACAUGUAUGAACACAUCUGCGGAUGUUUCUAAAUUCAAAGUUCGGCAGCGAUGUACAAUAUCUAGACGAAGUAGAUUUCAAUCAAGAAAUCCGGUCAAUACUUUUAUUUUAUUAAUGUACAACUUACAAUCGGGAUGAAUGUCAAAAGUUUUUCUGACAAUGUUGACAAACUUGUGAAACUGCAGGUUAUUUAUGUUGCUAUGAAAGAGUAAGCUAAUUAUUUUUGAGAAUGUCCAUUCCGUGUGUCCAAUACCUGAUGAACAAAGAGAACAGUCAAUCAACGUGGCAUAUAAGCUGAAGGAAAACGAAAAGAUUUAUGUGGCCUUUUCCCAUCCGAAUCCUAACAAGAAAUGGGAGGGAUCAUUUUAGUAUUCAUGCAAUAUGAAAACAGGUUUUUAAAAUGACAUCCAACACCACAUUUAAGUUUGAUUCUAACUGGCAACUGAUGAUAAAAUCAUUACAUAAUAUUUCAUAAUAUAUCUCGGGACGUAUAUGGAAUCUUCAUGAACAUAUUAUGUGAUAUGCAGGCUUCAUAACCUCAGAUCCCCUUUCAAAGUCCAUUUGCUACAGUUACGUCCAUUGUGUUCUCGUUUAGGGCACACUGGGGAACAAACGCCGCUUUUCAUGGAAUGUCACUACUGUGUGACAUUGGAGGUUCUAUGAUAACCGCCGUAUAAACACAUCUGUAGAUGUCUCCAAAUUCACAAUGUCACCAUUUUCGUGUUUAAAUUUUGAAUUCUGCUUAAGCUGGUGCUAGGGGGCGUGGACGGUAACCUACACUUUUCAGUACCAUCCAUGAACAGGCUCAAUCAAACAGAGCCUGCAACAUUUUCAAUUUUGCCGUGUUUGACUUUCUUUAGAGAUUCUGUUUUUUCUCAAUAUUAUUUGUUGAUUAAACAUGAAUAUAGUCAAGUUGUUUGUAGUAUUCUUUGUUUUUGUAUCAUCCAUUGAAGAAAAUGUUAAUAUUCUUUCAUGGUAAACUUUUCCUUGAAUCAUUAUCUAUUAUAGGAAUGGUUGUGUAAGCAAUUGAUAAACCUAACGCAUUUCUGGCUGACUGUUAUUUGCAGACAAGUCAGAUAAGUUGUUACAUACAGCCGCGCCUGUAUUAGAUGUUAUCUCCCUAUGGGAUUUAGAAGUUCAUUAAACAAGGCAUCUCACGAAUUCAACUGCUUAUUUUUAAUUACUUAGGUACUUUCGCGUAUAAAUAAAACCUUAUAGAUUUUCUAAAUACACUGAGACAAUGUAUCCAAAAGAAUAAGUUUACACUCAAAUAAGGGAAGGCGUGGCGUCCGAGACAAAGUGGUCAAGGUUGUUAACAUCAAACCGCCUGCACCUCACCGCUUUGGACCUGAAUCCCAGCAGAAACUUUGUAUUCUUUCAUAUGAGAAAGAUAUCCCGCCACAAUACGGAACGUCGGUGGUUAUACUUCUUCUCUAAAAAAUGCACUGAGGGGCAUUUUAGGUCAUCCUUCACAAGUAAAGUUGGAAAGUUGCCAUAUGGCCUUUACAAUGUUGGUGUAACGUAAAGCCCAACAACU